GUUUGUUCCUUCUAGCGAGAAACUUUCUUACCGAGAAGAAAAUGAAGUCUGUGGUUGCUGUGUGUGCCAUUUUUGUGGCUGCCUUUUUGGUGGCAGCUGUGAGCGGCGAUGCCGGUCGUUCGGCCUGCAAGGAUGAGUCAGAGGUGGGUCAGACCUUUACCCAUCACUUUGAUGCCGCCAAGUACUGGCUCUGCGAGACCCUGGGCACCCCCGCCAAGGAGGUCGACUGCCCCUCCGGCCUGGCCUACAUGCACCUUCUCAAGGAGUGCAUCCCCUGGGCCAGCUAUAUCUGGAAGAAGCCGGAGAUGCCACCAACUGUUUACUAAAAAUAAAUGAUCCAUC